UUACCCUCCACCUGAUGGAGUCUUUGAGUUUGACUACAAUGUUGUCAUCUCUACUGCCGAUGGCACUGCCACUGGAGGCAGUGACUACAUGGCCAUAGCGGAAGAGGUGAUAGCAGCUAGUACGAUGCCCAAUGGAGUGGUGUCAGUGAAUGUGAGUGUCUUCAGUGAUGACAGAGUGGAGCUGGAGGAGACAUUCUCAGUGGUGGGUAGGGUCCUGGAGAGUGGCCUGAUCGCUGACGGAACUGGCAGGGAGUUCCCCGUGGUAUUCCAGGACCCUCUCGACGUCUCCAUCAACGAUGAUGCUAUCACUAUUGGUUUCGAGAGUAUUGAGUACACAGUGGAAGAGGGUGGCACACUGGAGGUAGUCGUGGUGAAAUCUGCUCCGUUCGACUCUGUCAUAGAAUUCGAGGUGGCAGGUGGAAACAUCUCUGCCACCAGGGCUUUCCAGGAUGGAGCAUCCAGUCCCAACUCCAUAUCAAUAUUUUUUCAAAUCCCUGAUGACAUCAUUGCUCUGGAACCACCGGAAACGAUAUCAUUUACACUGACAGUUCUCAACCCAAAUCCACAGAUAUCUGUCGACCCAGACACUACCACUGUCACCAUACUCGACAAUGAUGUACUUGUGGGCUUCAAAGCUGACAUUCUCACAGUACCAGAGGAUGCUGGCGAUGUAUUCAUACCAGUCACCAUCAGUCAGGACGUCCAUCAGCCUAUCACAGUCGACAUACUAUACCAGGAUGGAUCUGCCAUGGAACAAUCAGAUUUCUUCAUAACUGGUCCGUCAAAUCUAACAUUCACAUCAAAUGGAACUCGGAAUAUUCUGAUUUCCAUUGCUGACGACACUGAAGAUGAACCAGACGAGACGUUCUCCAUAGCUCUAGUGAACCCUGUGUCAGGAGCCACUGUCGUUGUCUCCCCUGACACCAUCACCAUAACCAUCAUUGACAAUGAUGUCACUAUCGUUGACAAUGAUGAUGAAACACCAACUGGAGAUAAAAAUCCGCCUGUGAUCAUCAUCAUAGUAACUGUUGUGAUAGCCGUGCUACUGAUUGCUGCAAUCAUCAUCAUAACAAUUCUCAUUGGAAUUAUGAGGCAGAGGAAGAAGAGGCAAAAGAAGUUUGCUCUACCCACCUAUGAUGAUCCAGAUUAUCCCUACUAUUCUUCUGUCCUUGACAAAACCGAAAAUAAAGCAAGUACCGAGAUUUCACUGCAGACACAGCCAGAAAAUUUAGCCAUUCCUAACCAGCAGCAGGAAAAUAUUACUUCCCCUAUUGAGCAGCAAGAGAAAGUUGCCUAUGGUGCUCUUUCGAACCAGCAGCAGGAAAAUGUUACUUCACCUAUUACGCAGCAAUUACCUGGUGAUCAGGCUGAGGAGCGAUGCUAAAGACUAUGAGAUUAAUAUGGAUUAUGUGAAUCAUACUGAGUAGCUUUAAACAUUAUAGCAUAUUUUCUUCAACUUAUGGCGUGCAUUACUACUGUAAGGAUCUUAUUGUAGCGAAGGUUCGCGUUAAUAAUAAUGAUCUCAAACUUCCAACUCAGUACAAGCAGUAUAAUGCACGUGCAUUGCCUGCCACUACACGGCAGGUUAAUAACAUUCUUUUUUAGUGCACCUCUUCUUGAUCUUACCAAAAUGUCCCAUUUUUACACUCAUACUUGCUGUUUGUCUCAAUGUACUUGCCUGCCCUUCUUUAGUUACACCUCUUCCCGAUUUGUAAAAGAACGUCAAAUCAGACACAACGACGGAAGAGAUUUCUAAGCUGUUUUCCGUCUACGGACGAGUGUUUGACGUGCAGAAGCAUCCAAACAGACGCAGUGUUGCCUUUGUGUACAUGUGUGAGGAGGGAGGCAACAAGGCCAUUUCCAGCCUCAAUGGCUUCACCUCCAACCAGACCAGCAAACCACUCAUUGUCGAGCUCAGCCAUGAGCCAACAGGAGCAGUCUCACUAAAGGUUUGAUCCAGAGCAGCUAUAAAAGUCAGACCAACCAGCCAUACAUUAUUGUAGUUACUCACAUAAUCAACUACCCCACCUAAGAAACUCAGUUUAUUGUCACUGCACAUUGCAUCACUAUUGAUCACUUGCCAGAAUCACUUG